UUUCCUUUUCCCUCUUUUUCAUAUUAACAACACACGAUAUACCGGAAAAAAAAAAGAAGGACAGAAAGAGUUCCACACAUAAAAAUGUCAGCCAACCCACAACCCCACAUUGCAUCGUCCAAUGCUGCCAAUUUAAAUCACCAAGCUUCUCAAGAGAAUCUCGUAGGAGAUUAUAUAAUUAGUUCAAAGAUCGGCCAAGGUUCCUUUGCCACUGUCUACAAGGCGCAGCACAAGACAACCAACAAGGUCGUAGCGAUUAAAUCAGUAUUGCGGUCCAAACUGACAAAGAAACUAUUGGAAAACCUGGAAUCUGAAAUAUCAAUCCUGAAAGGAAUACGACAUCCACAUAUCGUCGGGUUGAUAGAAUGCCAGAAAACCGAUACGCACAUUUACCUCGUGAUGGAAUAUUGCUCCAUGGGCGAUCUAUCGCAAUAUAUCAAACAGAAACGAACAAGCAAAAGCGCUCGAAGGUCGUCAGGAGGUCUAUCUGAGCGGCUUGCCCGUCAUUUCUUAAAACAGCUAGCGGACGCACUACAGUUUCUCCGCUCCCGAAAUCUGGUCCAUCGAGAUAUCAAGCCUCAAAACUUGCUACUGAUACCUGGAAACGAAGAAGAUCCUGAUUCCAAUAUGCCGUUGCUCAAAGUGGCUGAUUUUGGCUUUGCACGGUUCUUACCGAACGCUACACUCGCCGACACGCUCUGUGGAUCACCCUUGUAUAUGGGCCCUGAAAUCCUAUCUUACCAAAAGUACGACGCAAAGGCGGACCUGUGGAGUGUCGGAGCCGUCCUGUAUGAAAUGGUCACCGGGCGACCGCCAUUUCGAGCACAGAAUCACCUGGAAUUACUAAAAAAGAUUCAAGAAAAUAAGGACCACAUUCGUUUCCCUGACGAAAAACCAUCAAUGAAUGAUCAGCAGCAGCAGCAGCAGUACCCAUCAUCCUAUUCAGCAACGACGACAACAAGCGAUACGAUCGGCAUUGGCAAUGAUUUGAAGGAUUUGAUACGCAAAUUGUUGAAAAAAGAUCCCGUCGAACGUAUCACAUUUGACAAGUUUUUCAUGCAUCAAGCUGUCACCAGCAAUUUCACAUCUGUCUCGCCUUCCCCGUCAGUCUCCACAAGCAGUGCACGAGUUCGACGAUCACCUGAAAUACGGCCAUCAUCCAUGCCAGCGACAGCCACUAACACUACCAUGAGUAAUAACCAUCACAUCCCUCAUCAUCAUCGUCCACCGUCACCAAGCUCAUCACCGUAUGAGCCCCCUCCGUUUGCUCAACAAUCACCGACAACAGCAACGGCAGGGACAACACCUCGACAUCAUUUUGACUGGAGAAGAGCGCAACAGCAGCAGCAACAUCAACAACAAACGGAACACAUUAGUCCUGGCAGGAUGUCACCCGGUGCACGAGAUAUCAGUGGCAGGACAACUCGAGGGGAUGAAUCUCCGCUGCAUUCACGUGGCAGAUCAUGGAGAAAUCAACAACAGCAAAACGAUCAAAAUCGACCACCGUGGAUGGAUGUGCAAGAUAAUACGAGCAACGUUGAGGAUGAGUUGAAAGAUUAUGUGGUACUGGAUCGACGGGCUGUUGAAACCAAUCAUUUCGCAGAUGAAAUCAAUGCAUCACCACGCACGUCAGAACCAUAUAACCAGCUGACGUAUCGAUAUUCGCCAGCGACACAGGUAGCCAUACCACAACGAGGCUCUCAUGAACAACAACAGCAACUACCAUCACCAUCGUCCACUGGAUCCACACCACCCUUUGCCAUUACGCCCCGUGAACGAAAAAUCAGUGCUGGAUCGGCCGGCUCAGCAUUAGCGAAAGCUUUAUCCAUGGCAUCCGUUCGAUUAUUUGGACCGGGUAAUUCGCCACCCAAGAUGAGCGGCCGACUACAACAACAGCAACAACAACAACAACAAGCUAUUCCAGGCUCACCGCGGGGCUUUUUGAUUACGGAAGGAGGCGGGUAUGUCGAUCCACAAGAAGGACGUGCGAUGAAAGAUAUUGAACGAGCAGCAUGUAUGGCACAUGCUGUUGCACGGUUUGCCGACUCCAAAUAUGACCAGCUGGUUUCGGGCAAAGUUACAGCCACUGGCAACGAAGUAGCUUUGGCAGAAGAAGCAAUGGUGUUGCACAUUAAAGCACUGUCACUUCUUGAAUUGGGCUUAUCUACAGCAAGGCAAUUGUGGGGUCGCAUGUCAGACGACACGAUGCGAACGUCGGUGUCUACGCGGCUCAAUGAUGCAGUGCAAUGGAUGCGGGAACGGUUCAACGAAUGUUUGGAUCGAGCGUCUUUUGAAGGCACGAAAUGUGAUGGCGAUAGCAAUAACCAGAAUGGCAUUGGUGCGUGCGUUGCAAAACUAUUAUAUGAUCGUGCUCUUGAAAUGAGUCGAGCAGCUGCAGUGUAUGAGUUAGUCGGUGAAAACAUUCCUGGAUGUGAGCACGAUUAUCAAACGGCCAUUUGGAUGUUGGAGGCCAUUCUAGAAGCACAAGAUGAUGAUACCCCAAUCGAAGAAGACGACUUUAAUAUCAUUAACAAAUUCAUUGGUUCCAUUCGACACCGAAUAUCAGUAUUACGAAAGAAAAAGGAACUCGAUGCCAGAAGGGAUUCGGAUCUUGUGUCGCAUCAUCACCAACAGCAACAACGAUACGAUGAACAAAGGACUUAUUAAGAUGCCAUGUUGAUAGUGACUUAUUCCCUCUGCCUACAUGUGUGAUUCCCUUUUUCCUUCUCGGUCGGUCCCUCAUUUUUUUUUUUUCAUCUUGCUUUGUUCUUUUCCAGUAUGGAUGACACGAUGGACUGAAAUGUUGAUAUUUUUUUUGUUCUCACUUUCUAAUAAAGUGGCGAUGUACCACACACAUCGCGCAUAUAUAUACCAUAAUCAACAUCUUCUUGUGUGCACUGUUGGUG